AUGGCCUGUCCUCCGCGAGAUGCUUUCCAAAUUGGCUGGAUCUGUGCUCUUCCAAUCGAGGCUGCAGCCGCCGCCGAAAUGCUAGAUGAGCACUUUGGGAUUCUUGAGGAGCAAGAUGCAGCGGAUUCGAAUACCUAUACGUUGGGCCGAAUCGGCAAACAUUACGUCGUGAUCGCCUGUCUCCCUGUAGGCCAGUACGGAACCACCUCCGCCGCUACGGUCGCAAAUAACAUGCUUCGAUCCUUCUCCAAGUCACUUCGAAUCGGACUGAUGGUCGGCAUUGGGGGUGGAAUUCCUUCGGCUACUCAUGAUAUCCGCCUUGGUGAUGUUGUGAUUAGCAGUCCCCAGGCUACUUGUGGUGGGGUGAUUCAAUAUGAUAUGGGCAAGAUUGUUUUAAAUGGUGAAUUUGAACGAACUGGCUUGUUGAACAGUCCGCCAAGGGCACUAUUGACUGCAGUGGGUACAAUGAGAGCUGCCGGACUAAGGGACGACCCCCACUACCCGGAAUAUCUCCGACGCGCAAUCGGAAGAACCGCUCGAACUCGAAGAAAUUUUAGCCGGCCUUCUGCACAGUCCGAUCGACUCUUUCGGGCGACAUGUGAUCAUCCCACUAGUGCGAGCAGCUGUGAUGAAUGUCUAGUGGAAUGGGAAGAGACUAGAGAUGAACGCGAAGAUGAUGAUCCACAACCCCACUAUGGCAUAAUUGCUUCUGGUAACAAGGUCGUCAAGCACGGGCGGACAAGAGAGCAACUUCGUUUGGAGACCGGAGCAUUAUGCUUCGAAAUGGAGGCAGCUGGUCUGAUGUUGGACUUUCCCUGCAUUGUCAUCCGCGGCAUUUGUGACUAUGCCGACUCGCACAAGAACAAGGAAUGGCAGGGAUAUGCUGCCCUAGCAGCCGCAGCUUAUACCAAAGAGCUACUAGGCUAUGUCCCUGUUGGUCAUGUUUCACAAGAGAGCUUGGUAGUAGAUAUAUGCAACGGGUUAAAGGCCGAAAUCAAAGGCACAAAUCAACGCCUAGACCAUGCAUACCGUCAACAAGAAGAACAUCAUCGCGAGAGGGUUACGUUUGCUUUGACGGACCAGCAACACCGCUGUCAUCAAACAUUCAAGGUAUCAACUUAUGAGGAGCAAAAGAACAUCAAUCCCAGAAAAGAGGAAGGAACCUGCCUAUGGGCUCUACAGAGUCCUGAGUACACUCGUUGGUCGGAGAGCAGCUGCAACGAUCUUCUCUGGGUGUCGGCCGACCCAGGCUGUGGGAAGUCUGUACUGUCCCGAUCGAUAAUCGAAGACUGCUUAGAAACUUCCUGUCCAGAAGUGACAAUCUGUUACUUUUUCUUCAAAGACAACGAUGAACAGAAUCAUCUUGCUCCAGCACUUUGCUCGGUACUCCAUCAGCUUUUUAGCCAGCGGCCUCAGCUGUUACGUCAUGCUAUACCGUCUUGGGAAAAGAGUGGGGAGAAACUCCGACAAGAGGUUGACGAAUUGUGGAGAAUUUUCACAAGCGCCGUUUUAGCUGAUCAAUCUUGCAAGACAAUUUGCAUAUUCGAUGCGCUUGAUGAAUGCCGUGAGAUUGAUCAGAAUCGGCUAAUUGAGAAGCUCCAGUCAUUUCACAGCUUGCCACAUCCGCAGACACAGGAUACCUGGUUAAAAUAUCUGGUCACCAGUCGCCCCUAUGAUGAUAUCCAGAAUGGUUUCCAAGCGAUUACGGACACUUUCCCGCACAUCCACCUAAGGGGGGAGAAGGAAAAUGAUCAGAUUCACCAAGAAAUUGAUCUUGUUGUGAAGAUACGAGUGAAGGAGCUCGCGAAAAGAGCGGAGCUGUCAAGGGACACAGAGCAGCGGCUGGAGCAACAGCUUCUGCAAAUGGAGCACCGUACAUAUCUCUGGCUACAUUUAGCUAUGGAUGACAUUCGAUCUACACUCGAGGAUAGCCUUCGCCCAGCUGAGGAGCCAAUGCAGGUAAUACCUCGAUCAGUAAAUGAGGCAUAUGAGAAAAUCCUUAGUCGAGUGCCAUCCCGUCAAGUGGAAGUUGCGAGAAAGAUUUUACAACUUAUCGUGGCAGCACGGCGCCCUUUGACAACAACGGAAAUGGCCAUGGCGCUCGGUAUAGCCAUCUCUCCACAAUCCCGGACUGCAGCAGAGGCUGGACUUGAGCCAUCCCGGAUCGAGAGAAAGCUGCGUCGAUUAUGUGGUCUUUUUGUUUUCAUCAACAACUCCAAGAUCUACUUGAUUCAUCAGACAGCAAGGGAAUUUCUUGUCCAGAAGAGUAGUUCUAACAGCGCCAACUUAUUAUACUCCUGGAGCUUGACUGACUCCGAGGAUCAAAUGGCUGUUAUCUGUUUGCGAUACCUGCUGAUGGAGGAUCUGGAACGCGAUGAUGAGGACUCAAACUCUAACAUUCGAAGCUUUUUAAAUUACUCAGCAUCAUAUUGGCCGGACCACAAACGAAAGAUGAGUCUGACCCAAGACCAAGAAGCGACCAGUCAAGUUCUCCAGAUGUACAAUACAAGUAGAAAAGGAUUUUCGUUAUGGUUCCCCAUCUUUUGGAGGGCUAUAGAGACUUACAGGUAUCCACCAUCAAUGACUGCUUUACAUUUGGCAUCGCUUAACGGACAUGAGCGGGAGGUUGCGUUCUUACUCUCUCUUGGUGGAAAGGACAUCAAUUCGACCGAUAGCACUGGAAGCUAUCCUAUUACCUUGGCCUCCCAGAAUGGCUAUGAGAAUGUCGUGCAGCUCUUGCUGGAGAAGGGAGCUAAGAUCAACGCCCAAGGUGGAGAAUACGCCAAUGCUCUCCAAGCUGCGUCUCUUAGAGGACAUGACAAGAUUGUGCAGUUGCUGGUUGAGAAAGGAGCUGAGAUCAACGCCCAAGGUGGAAGAUACGGCAAUGCUCUCUAUGCUGCAUCUCUUGGAGGACAUGACAAGAUUGUGCAGUUGCUGGUUGAGAAAGGAGCUGAGAUCGACGCCCAAGGUGGAACAUACGGCAAUGCUCUCCAAGCUGCGUCUCUUAGAGGACAUGACAAGAUUGUGCAGUUGCUGGUUGAGAAAGGAGCUAAGAUCAACGCCCAAGGUGGAGAAUACGCCAAUGCUCUCCAAGCUGCGUCUUUUGAAGGACAUGACAAGAUUGUGCAGUUGCUGGUUGAGAAAGGAGCUGAGAUCAACGCCCAAAGUGGAUUUUACGGUAAUACUCUCCAAGCUGCGUCUGUUGGAGGACAUGACAAGAUUGUGCAGUUGCUGGUUGAGAAAGGAGCUGAGAUCAACGCCCAAGGUGGAAGAUACGGCAAUGCUCUCCAAGCUGCGUCUCUUGGAGGACAUGACAAGAUUGUGCAGUUGCUGGUUGAGAAAGGAGCUGAUAUCAACGCCCAAAGUGGAUUUUACGGCAAUGCUCUCCAAGCUGCAUCUUUUGGAGGACAUGACAAGAUUGUGCAGUUGCUGGUUGAGAAAGGAGCUGAGAUCAACGCCCAAAGUGGAUUUUACGGCAAUACUCUCCAAGCUGCGUCUGUUGGAGGACAUGACAAGAUUAUGCAGUUGCUGGUUGAGAAAGGAGCUGAGAUCAACGCCCAAGGUGGAUAUUACGGCAAUGCUCUCCAAGCUGCGUCUUAUGAAGGACAUGACAAGAUUGUGCAGUUGCUAGUUGAGAAAGGAGCUGAGAUCAACGCCCAAGGUGGAAGAUACGGCAAUGCUCUCCAAGCUGCGUCUCUUGGAGGACAUGACAAGAUUGUGCAGUUGCUAGUUGAGAAAAAAGCUGAGAUCAACGCCCAAGGUGGAGAAUACGCCAAUGCUCUCCAAGCUGCGUCUUAUGAAGGACAUGACAAGAUUGUGCAGUUGCUAGUUGAGAAAGGAGCUGAGAUCAACGCCCAAGAUGUAGAAUACGCCAAUGCUCUCCAAGCUGCGUCUUAUAAAGGACAUGACAAGAUUGUGCAGUUGCUGGUUGAGAAAGGAGCUAAGAUCAACGCCCAAGGUGGAGAAUACGCCAAUGCUCUCUAUGCUGCAUCUCUUGGAGGACAUGACAAGAUUGUGCAGUUGCUGGUUGAGAAAGGAGCUGAGAUCAACGCCCAAGGUGGAGAAUACGCCAAUGCUCUCCAAGCUGCGUCUUCAAGAGGACAUAACAGUAGUGGAGUACUUACCAUGCGCUAG